UUUUUUUUUGUUUUCCUCGCGCGACAAAGACGAAACGACAGCUGAAGCAUCGAUUUUCACCAAGUUCUCUUAAAUCGUGAGGCGUCUGGUGUGUUCCUUUGCGCGGAUUUAACCGGGGACCGCGAACAAACGCGUAAAAGGGAAUCGGAAUCGGAGUGUAAUCGGGGUAAUCAGCCGCGGACUGCCGCCGCCCGCCGAGUUCUGGGUUUUGCUUUGCUUGAAAAUGUCCUUGCGGACAGCGGCGACAACUGCGACGACGACGGUGGCGACGACGGCGACGGUGACGGUGAAGCCUCCUCCUCAUCACCAGCAUCAUCAGCAGCAUCAUAGUCGACGAUCUUGCUAAGCAAUCAUAGCACUCUGUGGAAUUUGGAAAACGGGUUUGAGGCUCGUUCUGGUGAAGAUUUGUCAAUCGAAAGAAACAAAAAAAACAGUGAAAUGUGUUUGCGUCACAGCGAAGUGGCAUAAAAAAGAACCAUAAUGCUUGUUGCAUUCUGCUCUAGUUCCUCUCGUGGUGUCGCGCUUUUUUAUGCUGCUUUCUAUGCGGAUGAUGUAAAAGUGAAUGUUGAGUAUAGUAGACUUGAAAAUGUUCGUUAUUGUAGUGCCCUCCAGCAGCAGCCACUGUGGACAGUGUAAUAGUUGUUACCACGGUCGCCCUCUCUCCGAAGACGAAUCCGAUCAGAUGUCCUAUACUAGGCGCGCACAAUCAUCGGCGCGUACCUGAAGAAGGUCUGCAACAAUAUGUCUGGCCAUAAUCCGCCCCAUGGUCGAUUGGGACAGCCGAAUACGACAUGGAAUCCGCUGCAGGUACCCUCGUACGUUCCUCGACAACCGCAGUUGGCGCACAUGUCCAGUGAACGCUCAAUGGCACGGUCUCCCCUGACGUGGCACACGCCUCCAUCACACCAGGAUAAGGUCUACAACUUGAUGACCGGAAGUCUGAUGAACAAUCUCGAAAGUAAUCCACUGCUGCAAGGAUACAACCGGGGGAGCAGCAACGUUGGUGCACCGCUCGGAUCGGUGGAUUUGUCACUCUCGUCGGCCUCCCGCAGCACACCGUCCCCGAAGGGAGGACAUCCUUCUCAAUCGCUAGCCGCCACUGUACUGCCAUCGAGCAUUCCUUCAACCGGCAUUCAUUCGGUGGAGCUAGCCGCAGGCGAUCACUCCACUAAUAAUUCUGCACGCUCCACGGCAACUGGAAACGUGAUACAACCGACGAUCGCGCCUACAAACAGUACUACCACCACCAGUUCGUCUUCUGCCUCCGCAGCAGCGGUGGCCGUAGCUGCGGCUAUCAAGGAGCGCAUGCAGCAGAGUUCUUACUCGAACCCGGCCAGCUUCAACAGUACGAACAAUGAGGGAAAUGGCUUCGGAAUGUCCACCGGGGGAGGGUUGGCAGGUCGAACAGGGAACGAUCUUAAUACAAUGAUGACCGGUGGACUGCUAAUCAAGGAUGCCAAGCAGAUCAACAGCGAAAUGGAGAGCAAAAAUGGUCGCGAUUGUUUUUCUCAGCUUCCGGCCACAGACUCAGCGGAUUUGGUGAAGGAGUUCAUAAUGCAAACGAUACAAAACAGCAACUCUUUAUCGGUUUCGCCAAAACGAAACUCCCCUCAAAGAUCCGCACUCCAUUCCGACUACAGUCCCCCAAACCGAAGUCGCAGCCCACCGCUGAACUUGGGCCUGCUUGGCCAGGAGUCCUUUGCCGCUCUCAUGAACUGCAGCAAUAUGCGGUUAGGUGCCGAUACAAAACAGACCACCUCGGUGGAAACACCAGUAGAAUCAAAUAAUGGUCCGUCAGCGGGAACCGCGAUCAGUGCGAGCUGCACUGGUAACAUUAAUCCGGCCGCAUCGCCAACAAACAACAGCAUCACAUCGAAUGAAGACUCAGUAGAUUCGGCCAGCGGAGCGUGUAACAAGUCACGUCGAAGGCGGAAACCCGAACGGACAAGCAAGAUGAAUGCCAUGGCCUCGGUGAUGGCGGCGGGAUGUGGCAUCCUGGAGGGGCUUGAUGGUCAAUCGUUUUUCAACAAUCUACCCGACCCAUCGACAAAACUCGUCGGUGCAGCAGCAAAAGCACCGCCAUCAGAGGGCAGCAUGCUAGUCGAACCGCUACGUUCCAGUAUUGCCGGCCGUACCGAUAUCACUGCCCUAGCGAUCGAAGGAAUCAAUGCGCUCAGCAAGUGUUUGCCGAGCGAACCACAGACCAGCAGCACUAGCAACAACAGCAGUACCACCAGUAUGGCCGAGUUGGCCAAUCGAUUAAACAGUGUCCAGAGUAGUGUUCAUCGUGAUGCUCCGCUGCAUCAUCCACAUCCAAAUCAUCAUCAUUUGCUUUCGGGCCAACCAGCGGUAUCGGCCAACCUCAUCCAAAGCAAUAGUAAUCUUAACAACAGCACCAGUAGCAGUAUCAAAACAGUAUCCCCAUCGAAUUCCGCCGUCACCGCGACAUCGCUGAUGGGUGGACACAAUUCAUCCAUCGCCACAAACCCCUCAGCCAACGCCAGUAUCACAACGAACGCUUCCUCGCUGCUUUCGGACGGAGGGUUGCUGUCGGUGACCGCCGCAACGGUUGCAGCAGCUAUCGAUUCGGUUAGCAAGGAUAUGAAACCUACGGCUGGGACGGACACGGCAUCAGAGGAAUGUGAAACGCUCGACAAGAUUGCCGCCAUGGUAUCGUCGGUGACGGCCGGCGGUACUGCUUCGCCGGAGACGGGCGUAGGCUUAAACAUGCCGUUCAGUUCCACGAACGGUGGGAUCAUCACAACUAUGGCUGAAAGAAAGUGCAACAGUAAUGGUCCGGUCAGUACCCACAAGUCGCCAUCAGCGGCAGAAGUGAAAGUAAAAUGCAACGAUAAUGGAAGGGUGAAUGCCUCUGAUAGCAGCUAUGAAGAGGUUGAGAACAAACUGGAAGAAAUGUUUGCAGGCAUCGUCGAGGAGAAGGUUGGUGAACCGCCCAUAAAACAACCGAUAGAACCAAGUAUUGCGCUUCACAAUAACAAUGGCAGUAUAGCGGCCCAUAGCCAGACCAACAAUACCGAGCCAUCAGUCGUAACCGAUGGUGCGUUGCUGAAGCAACUAUCAAGCGAAAACAACCAAACAACAAGAAAUGACGAAGCGAAGAGCCAAGAACAGAAAACGCAUUUCAGUAUAGGCGACAGCGGCACUCCUUCGGGGGGUAGCGCUGCACCUAAUGCUGCCGGCAGUGGAAGAAAACCCCUGACACCAGCACAAAAGCGUGCCAAUGGCACAAAAGAGGCGCUCGGCGAACAUUCAUUCCCUGCCACCAGUACACCGGUGACCGCCGCCAAGCGGAAGCGUGGCCCGAAGAAGAAAGCGAAAACGGGAGGAUCUCCAUUUUUUGAGCCCGCCGAUAAAUCCGGCUUCAUGGGCCUGAAGGCGUUAAACAUGAAGGGAAAGAAGAAUGGAAAGCCCGCAGCCGGUCCUACGGGUGGAAAGAAGAAGGGCGGAAAAGGAGGGAAACAAAAAGGUGCGCCGCCAAAAGCAAAUGGUCCAAAUGAGAGGCUAUCGAUGGGGCAAGACCAUCAAGCUUCAUCCAUGUUAGGUUGGCCGGGAGGAGGGUCCGUUGGGUCCGGUGGAAUGGACGGGUUGAGCAAGCACAAAGGACCGUACGUGCAGGUCAAAGCCAACGGCAGUCACAGUGUGGUGAAUGCGUCCACCAACGAUGACGAUGGUGAAAAGCCGCAAACUAAACUGGCCAAAAAGUUGGCGACGUCACUAAACGCUUCCGAGCGUAGCAAAAUCCGGGGUCUGCACGUUAGCACGCUCAGUACAAAGUACGAUGCCGAUACGACGGAUAUCAGUUGGAUGUGCGUAUUCUGUAAGAUGGGUCCGCAUAAAUUUCGGCUCGGCGAUCUCUUCGGGCCGUACAUCAUCAGCACAGCAUCGGACGAGUAUCGGGCAAGCCAGGUCGAUGUGGAUUACUUUAGUGUUAAGCGAUCGCGCGACUCCAUGGAAUCAACACAGGCAAAGGAGCGGAGAAUGGCCGAACAACAGAAACAACAGAGGCAGCAAGCGGCAAGCGGAUCGGGUAAAGGCAGAAAACGAAAAAAUGCUGCUAGCGCUACCAACAACGCACAAGCCCCAUCAACCUCCAACUGUCCGGCUGUGUUAAAGGAAGAAAAGAAGGACGAUGAUCAGGGCCAAUCGUCGCACACCGAUGUCUUCUAUGGCAUGAUGAAGGCGAGCGACAGCACGUACGAGGUGUGGACACACGAAGACUGUCUGGUGUGGGCACCAGGGGUCUACAUGGUCGGAACACGAGUCAUCGGCUUAGAGGCAGCGAUUUGGAACUGUUGCCGGCAUCGAUGUCAGCUUUGCUCGCAGUACGGUGCCGUCGUUUGCUGCUUAAGGCAGGGUUGUACCGCAAAGGCACACUUUAUCUGCGCACACAAACAAAACUGGAAGCUGACAGACGAGUAUCAAGCGUUUUGUGAGGUACAUGCCAUGAAAGAGCCUGGUAGCCCGGGUUCGCUGGGCAUAGCGGCGCAGCUAAAGAAGGAAGUAGGACCGGAGCAGAUAAACGAUGGUGCUGGUAGUAGCGGCGGCGUUGGUAACAGUGCACCGAUGGAGGUGUCUUGAGUAUUAGGUUUAGCAACCCUUGUGUGUAGAUCGAAAACAGAUCGAGACUGAUCGAGUGAGAAGCAUCAAGAUAGAGAGAGAGAGAGAGAUAGAGGGAUAGAUAGAUAGAGAGAGAAUGUGUGUGUGUGUGCCGGAAUGAUUAACGAAGAUAUCACGGCCUGUGCAAAAGGAUCGAAUGCUCCAAUCGGUUUCUGGGAGGUAUAGCGUACCGCCGUCGCACACCUUGCCGCAAUCCAUGCAUGUGUUUGAUGUGGAUGUAAAGCAUUACCUAGGUGUAACUCGUGGUGUUCAUGAUUGCCAGUAUUGGAAGCGUUGGCUUCGACGGACAAUGGGAAAUCCAAUCAGAUGAUCAAUCAGUUCAAUCAAGACGAAAGAUACGGCACCGGGGCAAAAGACACCGGUGAGGUACCGGUGUGCGCGUAAGCGAUGACGAAUUUUGUACAUUAUUUGGUAUAAGUUAGGGUUUGCUUUUACAGCUACUCAUUAAGCGAUUAAUUGGUCUCGAUCGUACCCGGUCACUACUCAUAGGUGUGUAUGUGUGUGUCUGCGUGUUUGAAUGUAUGUAUGUGUGCGUAUGCGUGAGUGAUAUGAUCAUCACCUUGGGUCACAGAAAUGUCGUCUUAUGGGGGAUAGCAAAUCGAAGGUCGAAUCAUUUGGCUUGUUGCUCCGUUCACAUUCCAGUCCGAACAUGCAAGCCUAAGGGGAGGGGAGGCAGAGGACUCCUAAGUCAAAAUCAGCACCAAGCGUUCGUUCAGUCAUUUAGUCAUUCAACAGCUCCCUCAUCCGGUAUUCUUGUCUAAGCGCACAGUGCGCACAAACCCCAAGAAAUAAUGAAACGCUGCGAUUUGUUCCCCCGAAGCAUCUUAAUAUCUUGUCAGUUAAAAACAACACAGAACACCGAACGGACAACAAAAACAACCGAAGAAUCUCUGAGUGGCAAAGGUCUGUUUCAGAAGGGUUCGCGCCGAAGGUGCUUUUAACCGUUUACCGUAAUCAUUCACAUCAUCAUCUGCAUCGUACGCGAUCCUCACUAGAUGGCAGAGUAAGGCAGACAAACAGAAAACUAUCGAUCGUUUCCGCUAGCUAUAUGUAUAUUGUUUUAAUACCAUGGUGAUAUUUGCGAUACGAGAUCGACAACAAGCACCAACAGAUGUAAUUGUAUAUAGUUGCAUACCAAACAAUCCAUUACCCUCCCCCCGAUCUACCACUGGCCGAUCACUGGCACCACCACUCCCCUUUCUGGGGUUCUGUACUGUACAGUUGAAACUGCCGUAGCGAAGUGUAGCAUUUUAAGGCAUCAGGCAUUAGGGUGUACGGGGUUUGUUCGAAUAUGGCACGCGCUUCGGUACCACUAUUGCUAGUGACACUGCUGAUGGAGCUAAGCUUAUGAAGAACACUUCUUGUAGACUGUGCGUCGUAAGAUGGAAUUAAUUUUUAAUUUUAAAUUAUUCCCUCCCGGAUGGCCCAAGCUGGACCACCCCACCCGCCGACACAUGCAUGCGGAAUGCGCACGCCAUGGGCGCUGAUGAAGGGUGAUUAGAAGAAGACAUGACAUCAUUUUAGGGUUCCCCGUAAGAAUCUUGCAUUGGGUAGAAGAGAUAGUAGGAUCGAUGCAGAAUAUAGUUCUGCUUGGAUAUGGCAGCACGUGGUACGGAGGCCACGAACUAGAGCUGAAACUUACGCCGAUCGGGUUUCUCUACUUUUAUUUUAAUUCUUUUUUUUGCUAUUUGCAAGAACCUAAGUGUUAUGUGGUGGUGUUGUAGCCUCACACGAGAAAGUAGAAGGGCGCAGUUGAUAGACAUAGGGUACAGCAGCAAGAACAAAAUCACUUAACAAGUAGUAGGAAUAGGGCGAAGGGUAACAUAAGUUGUAACGACUGACUCCCUUUUCCUCACAGUUAGUCAGCCAGGGUUGCGUUCGUCGACUACAUGUGAUUUAACGUUUAAUAAUAAAAGAAAAAUUGUAAAAAACAUGGGGAAGAAUCAAAGCUAUUUAACAAAACACAGAGACACAAAAACAGACAAACCCCCGAUAACACACACGUAAAACCGCCACAGAGACAGUACAGAGGAUAGUGAAAAACGAAAUAAAAAUAAAGAUUACUUGGAGAAAAGAUAAGCCCGUUUCCACUCUGCUGUAGAUUACGGCCGUAUUCAAUUAAAAGUCGAACAACUCUUCUGAUAAUAAAAGAAAAGCGAGUG